AAAUGAGCAAAUAAGCAAAUAAACAGCUAAGCGAGGCAAGUGUAUGUGUGUGUUUGAAGACCUGAAAAGGAAGGAGAGAUAUAAAUAUUGUGAGUGUUAAAAAAUCUGCAUCAUUAUCAUUUUCAUAACUGGAACUGGCCGAACCAGUGCCCCCUUGCCAACUACUGUUUGCAUGUCUUGGUGUCGUCCGUCAUUGACAUAGCUCCAGAAGACUGUCUUUAGUAAAGUGUCAUGUCCAGUCUUCUUCGUUUGACAAUAGCUUGGUACGACAAAGACCUCUGUCUUUACAUUUCAUGUGAUGCAGAUAUUUCAAAAUCAGAAGUAAGCUGUCUUGAACAUGACAUUAUUUCUGUAAUGUUUAUAUUCACAGAAAUCUAGUUCUUUUAGUGACCUUCGUCCUCUCUGUUAUCUUAGACAAGCAGCAACUGCUGUGGAGCCAUCAUCCUUUGGACCGAGGAAAGGACGAUUCCUUGUCGCUGGUAUUGUGUGCACGGGCAUGGAGUCCAAUAUACUAAACUGUAUCCGGACAUUUACUGGCUUCAGUGAAACCUGCUCUUCAUCUGAGCUUGGCGUAAUCUGCAGUGAUUCAAGCCCCUCUCUGUUCAUCGUUGUGGAGACAAGCUCUACCAGCCCUGCCUACCCACUGAUGGAGGGAACCAAUGUUACACUGAAAUGCGUCUCCUCACAGCGAGGUCUGUCACAUCUGAACUUCUCUUGGCCAGAGACUGCAGGUGGCCGUCCUUCUGGUGAAUUCCUCAUCUUUGACAACCUGACCAGAUCACACAAUGGAGGCAGAGUGAGGUGUAUGGCCAGCUAUGGACAGCCUCCUAGAACUCAAAUUGCUACGAGUGACACAUUUGCAACGGAUGUUUAUUAUCGGCCUGUGGUUAGAAUAAAAUGGGAAGGAAACAUGUGUGAGCCUCUGGAGUCCAGUCCAAGUCGCUGUGUUGUCAGUCAAUACCAGCAAAUCAUUCUUUACUGUGAGGCUGACAGCAACCCUCCUCCUGCUUCCACAAGAUGGUCUGGACAAGUUGCGAGUGCAACUGGACAGCUGUACAUACCUUCUGUAGAGAGAAGCUGGCACAAUGGUCGAUACAUCUGUACUGUGUCCUCUAAACCAGUGUCCAGUGAUGGCCGUCAGACACUAAGCUCAACACACAGCUUUAGUGUUAUUGUUAAAUACCCAUCUCGUAUACUGAAGUUUGAAGUGAAUGCUGGGAUGAGAAGGGUUGUGACUGUGCCUGAACACUCCCCAGUGUACAUGCGGUGUGAAGCUGAGGGGAGACCAUCACCUCACAUGACGAUUGUCCGUGACACUGUGGACAAGCGAGAGGUCGCCAGCAGGCCUCGAGGUGCAGUUGAGUUUUCUGACCAAAGAGUUGUGUUAACAUAUAACUUGACUGCCGCACCUUGCGAGGCUUCAGGUGACUACAGGUGUGAGGUGGACAACGGAGUUGGAAAAGAUAUUCAGAACAUCAGGAUUUAUGUUAUGUGUAAGUACUUCUUGAAGCAUGAGCUACCUGCUAAAACAGUUCUUUUAUGGCACUAUUACGUGUAAACAAUUAUGGAUCAAUUUUUAUGAAGAAAAUAU